AGACAAGUUUACUACUGCGGCGAUGAUGUCGAGAAUGCGCUCGACCUUUGUGUUAACGGUGUUCGUGCUGACGCUCUUCAGCAACGAUAGCAGUGCCACUGGAGAUCAGCAUAGGGAUAUCAAUGAGGGAUUCAAGAAAUACCUCGAAGAGGUCCUGCAAAACCUCCGGAGUAACAUGGGGACCGGCAUACCAGAGCUCAAAAUCCCGCCCCUUGAUCCCCUAUCAGUGCCUGACAACGUGAAUGGAAAGACGAAAGUCGGGAACAUCCAAGUAGACAGAAUCAAGGUCGAAGGCCUUAAGACGCUGGAGUUGAAACAUAUCGAUGCGGACCUGAAUAACCUCGCAGCUGGGAUCACUAUUCACAUCGGCAAGUUCCUCGCGACCGCCAAGUACAACUGUGACCUCUUGAUAGCAAGACUCUUCCCCAUAAAAGGCUACGGAAACCUCCAUAUAGAAUUCCGUGAUGUCACCCUGCAAGCGAAAAUCGUCCUAAAGUCGGAGGACUUCUCCAUGUUUGAAGUUACACACAUAAGCUACGCGGUCCAACUCGGCGGCAGCAAAGUAGAUUUUGAGAACAUCAUCAACCCACAGCUUGCACCCACCAUCAACAAGAUUCUCAGCGGGAGUCUGCCCCUUAUCACCGACCAGGUUCUGCCGAAAGUUAACGGCAGGUUGACUCCGCUCCUAAUCAAGCUGUUGAACAAAGAACUCACCAAGGUGAAAAUCACCGAUCUCAUUGAUAAGAUCAAUAAGAAGUGAGCACAAGCUCCGAUGAGGAGAACACCAAGCGUCAAGAUCAGAAAGCUGGCUUGAAUUCCGGUACCAUUCGAAGAAUUCGGAGCCACGUCCAGGAUCGAGAUAGAGGGAUGGAGGAAUCUUCAAUAUUUCUAUCGAUAUGUGUAAUGGACAACAUAUCCCGUCUUUUUGGAUCACAUAUAAAGAUUAAUGUCGCUCCGACACCCAAUC